CUUAUGUAAGGUAACUUUAGCAACCUUAGGUGUACCAGCCUACCUCUCAGAUUGCCUUAUCUCUACCUUAUAUUAGUGUAUGUAGGCACUUUAUAUACCUAGAAUAAUUCGUACUGCUAGGAGGUACAUCAGAAUUAAUCUGGAAGCAGGGCAUUUUCCAGCUUUGCCCUUUCGACAAACAGCAGUUUCAAUAUUACACAUCAGUCCAUUGCCAAACCGCACCACCCGCCUAAUGACUAAAUAAUUACAACAUAUGCAGGCUGCCUUGACGUAGCUAUUCGAUAUCUCGAUAAUGCGAUAAUGUCUAGUCAAAGGGAGACGGGCAUAUCACUCAAUCAUGCUCCUGACGGAGUUGGUUAUAAGCUAUUAGAGUUACCUCCUGAGCUACUUACACUACUAGAAUCAGACACGCCUCCUGUUCUAACACUAGAGUCUUCGACGAAUUCGGCAAUAUUAAAAAAUGGUACUCAAUCAUGGGGUCUCCGUCAGAAAAACACAUCGAAUGCUUUAAUCUUACUUAAGACUUCUGCGGGAACAACCCCUUCGUCUUCAGAGGUGCCGGAAGCAAGCUUAAAUGCCAUCGCAACAAUCCACGAUACAAUCGAGCUUGCCCCAGAACUAGCAGUGGCAGCGCCUCCUAUUGCAAAGGGCAAAUGGCAUGAGAGGUUUGCCAAGGGAAGAUAGAUCAGUUGUAAGAAUUAAGAGACUAGCCGAGUUAGUAAUUAUGACCAACGUCAAUUAAUUACAUAACUACUAUAUA